AUGUUUGGAAAAGAGAAAGGUAAAUCAAUGGCGAAUCCUUGGUGGGUAGGGAAUGUUGCGAUCGAAGGAGUUGAGAGUCCUGUGACGUCAUCAGCUCCGUCUAUGCACCACAGAAACAGUAACCCGACUAUGACCCGGUCGGAUCCAAGAUUGGAUCAUGACUUCACCAACAACAGUGGAAGCCCUAACACUCAGACUCAGACUCAGACUCAGAACAGCCAAGAGGAGCAGAAUAGCCGAGACGAGCUCCCCGCCGUCGAACCCGGAUCCGGAUCCGCUUCUACGGGUCGACGUCCGAGAGGGAGACCUCCUGGUUCCAAGAACAAACCAAAGAGUCCGGUGGUUGUCACAAAAGAAAGCCCCAACUCGCUGCAAAGCCACGUCCUCGAGAUCGCCACUGGCGCUGACGUGGCGGAAAGCCUAAACGCCUUCGCUCGUAGACGCGGCAGAGGCGUCUCCGUUCUGAGCGGUAGCGGUCUGGUGACUAACGUGACUCUGCGGCAGCCUGCUGCAUCUGGAGGAGUUGUGAGUCUUCGCGGUCAGUUCGAGAUCUUGUCUAUGUGCGGUGCGUUCCUUCCAACUUCUGGUUCUCCGGCUGCAGCCGCUGGCUUGACCAUUUACUUAGCUGGAGCUCAAGGCCAAGUCGUGGGAGGUGGAGUCGCGGGACCGCUUAUCGCCUCUGGACCGGCGAUGGUCGCGAGCGUUCGUUUAGCUUGGAAUGAUUACAUUUUCCAUCUGUUGAAUUAUUUAGGGAUGAUGUGGAAAAACCGGAGGAAUGUCUUAAAAAGAGAAAUGUGGCUUUGCCCCAAGACAUCGUCUCGUCCCUCGUGCCGCGAGACCCCGUUACUAAUUAGGGGCCAGGCUGUGUACAACUUCGGAGUCACCCGACAAAAUUGUGUGCGUAUUAUCUUUGUCUUCAUCUGGCUACUCCUCAUAUUCUCCACACACUUGGUUUCAUCUCUAACUCAAGAAUUCUCAUUCGUUGGCUUCAAAAAAGCAUCUCCAAAUCUAACCAUGUCCGGAGUUGCAGAGAUCGCCAACACUGGAGCCAUCAGGCUCACAACAGACACAAGUCGAGUGCUCGGUCACGCCUUCUACUCCUUACCGAUCCGGUUCAAGCAAACCGGUCAAAACCGAGCCCUGUCUUUCUCCACCUCAUUUGUAAUCGCCAUGGUUCCAGAGUACGUCUCGCUUGGAGGCCACGGACUUGCCUUCGCCAUCACUCCAACUCCAGAUCUCAAAGGGUCUCUACAUAGCCAGUACUUAGGCCUUUUGAAUCCGAGCCAAGUAAACUUCUCCGGCCACUUCUUCGCUGUGGAAUUCGAUACUGUCAAGGAUUUGGAGAUUGAUGAUAUAAAUGAUAACCAUGUCGGAAUCGAUAUAAACAGUAUAGAGUCGAGUACUUCGACUCCUGCUGGCUAUUUUCUUGCUAAUUCAACCAAAAAAGAGCUUUUCCUCGACGGUGGUAGAGUGAUUCAGGCUUGGAUUGAUUAUGAUUCAUUCAAGAAAAGGUUAGAUGUUAAGCUUUCUCCAUUCUCAGACAAACCAAAGCUGAGUCUUCUCUCUUACGAUGUAGAUCUGUCCUCUGUUUUUGGAGAAGAAAUGUAUGUUGGAUUCUCUGCUUCGACCGGUUUGCUAGCUAGUUCUCAUUACAUCUUAGGUUGGAACUUUAACAUGAGUGGAGAAGCUUUGUCUCUGUCUUUGCAAUCUCUCCCGAGGAUUCCACGUUCAAUCAAGAAGAAGAAGAGCCCCGGUUUAAUCCUCGGAGUAUCUCUCUCAUGUUCCCUCUUGAUCAUCGCGGCUCUUGUCGCUGCGGUGAUGUUUGGUAUAAAGAAGGCUAAAGAUGAAGACAGAGUUGAAGAAUGGGAGCUCGAUUUUGGUCCACAUAGAUUCUCUUAUAGAGAUCUGAAGAAAGCUACGAAUGGUUUCGGUGACAAGGAGCUUCUCGGCUCUGGAGGAUUUGGGAAAGAUGGGAACAAACGGUUAUUCACCGCGAUAUUAAAGCCGCAAACGUUUUGUUAG